GUUUUUCCUGUCUGCGAUUAAAAUAAUAUUUAAGUAUUAAAUCAUCAAAAUAACUAUAGGAUUUCGUAAAUGAAAUUGUAAUAUUAAUUCCAGUCUUCUAAUAAAUUACAUACUUACGUGUAAUGUAAAGCUACUAUUUUAAACAUUGCAAUAAAGCAAAAAGUUUUGAAGAGAUAAUUCUGUGCAUGUAAAUAAUAUAAACAAUGUGGAAGAAGAUCAAAAACAAACCAUAUUACAUGCACGUAACGAUUGAUACCAAAUACGAAGUGUUUGUUACUGACUUUGUAAAAAUAUGGUCAUGUUGCUUUCCCAAAGAAAAUUACGUGCAAUAUCUCAUGGAAUGUGAAUAUAACUAUGGUCUAGAAAUUGACAAUGAAGAACUACUGGAUAAGGGCACCAAGAUAUUACUAAACCCAGAGCAACUAUGCUGUGCAUCUUUUUAUGAACGAGAUCAGCAACCAUAUGGAGAUUUUUUAAUUAUUUGUUUAACAAUGGAUUUUGGAUUUGAAUUAAGUAUUGAACUUAAUCUUGAACUAGGAUCUCCGGAAUUGUAUUUUCUAAAAGUAAGUCAGCCUUUACUAAAAAUUGUUAGAGAUUUGAAAGAAAGUGAAAAUGAGCUGCGAAAACUGGUAGCAAUAAAAGAUGAAGAAAUAAUAGAAUAUAAAACACAAGGAGGAAAAAUAAAGUACACUGCAUUGCGACCAUACAAUGAUUCGGAGCAUAUGAGCAAACACCAAUGCUAUAACAAAUUCUUUGAAUCAAUCAGUGAUCCUCAAAAUGUGUUGAGCAAAACAAUUGACAAGUGUCCCCGACGGCCUGGAAGAGAAGAAGAGGAACCUGCGGAGAAUGUGUCAAUAAAAGUAGAACCAUCUUCUGCAGCCAGUUCUAGUCAAGCAAGCAAUUUAACCACGAAAGAAGAACCUACAGAUAAUACGACUAUAAAACAAGAACCAUCCUCAGUAGGUUCAAGUCAAGCAAUCAAUGUAACCACUAAAGAAGAACUUCUUUUAUGGUCGCAUAAUAUGACCAUAAAAGAAGAACCUUCUUCAGAAAUAGCUCCAAUUCAAGCAAAUUCAGUCACCAAUGAGGAACAUAUAGAUAGUAUACUGGUUAAAGUCGAACAGCCUUCAGCAAAUAUUGAUUCUAGGCAAGAAAAUAAUAUUGUGACUACAGAAGUUGAGGUCAAGAAAGAAUAUAAACCAUUUAUGCCGAAGAAGAAAAGACUCAAUUUAUAGCUAUGGACUAGUUUUUCGAUUCGUCACCGUGAAUAAUUUCUGGAAUAUAAACUUUGAUGUGAAUUUAAAAUUUUAGCUUUUUAAAUUCUAUGGGGUUUAUUUAACAGGUAAUAUUUCAAACAUCCUAGCUGUAUGAUGGACACUAGUCAUCCACCCAUUUCGAAGAUUUCUAACAAUUAUCGAUAUAUGAGAAAUAAAAGAAACUUCUAUUUUGAUUGGUCUUGUAUUAUGAAUUUAUGAUAUUAUGUCAAUCAGAUUUUUCUCACACGUAUGGAAUUGAAUAUAAUUGAAGUCAUGUGAUAUAAUAUGAAGAAGAGAAUAAAAAUAAUCCAUU